AUGACUCCUUUUUCAGAGAACAUGAGACCUGACCCUGUGGUCCCUGGAGGCGGAGCACAGGUACAAACAGAAGAUGACUCCAGUGUGACGUGGUCGGCUCCAGCGGGACACGGACUCUGGGACUUUGAGCUCCAGUCUCACUACAGUCUGAGUAUAAAAGUCUGUGGAAGAGCAGAGAGGACACAGAGGUGCCAAACCACCGGACCAGACCAGGCCAGACCGGACCAGACCAGACCAGAAUCCAUCAUGAAGUUCCUCGUGGCUCUCGCCCUUUUCUCUGUUUGCAAUGCCAACGUGGUGGUGCCGGCCCAGACCAGCGUGGACCUGGUGAAGUCCACUUUCUGGGACUACGUUGCCACGGCAACGCAGAUGGCCGAGGGGUCCUUGAAGCAGCUGCAGGACUCGGAGCUGGGACAGGAUUUCAACACUAAGCUCUCCCAGAGCGCCGACACUGUGAACCAGUACGUGGUGGCUCUGAGGACCCAGGCCGGCCCUCUGUCCCAGGACCUGCUGUCCCAGAUCACAGUCCAGGCCGAGACCCUGAAGACCCAGCUGGAGACCGAGCUGUCCUCCGUCAGCACCAACCUCCAGCCCAUGGCCUCGCAGCUCAUCGCCGACGCCCAGGUGCGAAUGGACGAGCUGAAGAGCGCCAUCACGCCUCUGGCCGAGUCCAUGGACGCAGAGUCCCUGAAGGCCGUGCUGCUGCAGAAGAGCCAGGACCUGAAGACCUCGCUGCAGGCCCAGAUGGGACCCUACACCGAAGACAUCAAGCAGAAGGUGGAGCAGAGCAUCGAGCACUUCCAGAGCAGCCUGACGCCUCUGACCCAGUCCUUCGAGGUCCAGGUCCAGCAGAAAGUGCAGGAGGUGCAGCAGAGCCUGGCCCCCUACGGAGAGGAGCUCAAGGCCAAGCUGGAGGCCAACGCUCAGGACGUGAGGGCCCAGGUCACCGCCCUGUGGGAGUCCUUCACCCAGAAGACAGCUCAGUAA